AUGAUCCUCCCGUCCCUCCUCGCCUGCGCGGCGCUCGCCUCGCCGGCCCUCGCAGCCUGCAGCCGCGAGCAGCUCGAGGCCGUCACGGCGGCCUACGUCAAGGCGCAGGCGGCGGGCGACCCGGGGCUGCUGGCGUUCGCGGCGGACGCGAGCUACCUGGAGAACGACAAGGUGACGGCGGUGGCGGACGGGGCGCUGGGGCGGGCGCUGGCCAUCGACUUCGACCGCAGCAUCCACGACACGACGGCGUGCGCGGCCUUCACGGAGCUGACGGCGGCGUCGGACCCGGACCCGCGUGUCAUCCACACGCGCAUACUCCUUGCGGAGGGUGGGGAGGCGGGGGCGCUGCGCGUCGCGGCGAUCGAGUCGGUCGUGGCGCGCACGGGCGACUGGGCCUUCAACGCCACGGGCCACCUGUACUGGACGCGGCAGGAGGCGUGGGGCGCGAUCCCGGCGGAGCGGCGCGACGCGCGCGAGGUGAUCCAGGCGGCGGGCGACGCGUACCUCGACAGCUGGGGGGACGGCGGCGUGACGGUACCGUACGGGACGCCGUGCGCGCGGCUCGAGGGCGGGGCGUACACGGGCGGGCGGGCGCCGGCGGCCAACACAUGCACGAUGCCGGCGUUCCCGGAGCAGUUCACGGUGGGCAACCGCCGCUACGUGGUCGACGAGGAGCUCGGCGCCGUCAGCAUCUUCAACGACUUCCCCUUCAUCGACGCCGACAAGCCCGAGGGCACGCCCAGCACCAACUUGAUCCGCGUCGAGGACGGCAAGAUCCGGUACAUCCACGAGGUCACAGUGUGUACGAACCCCGGCUGCGGCAGGUGA